AUGACGCACGGCACUGGAGUUGCCGCCUAUCUCGCGGGAGAUCACCUUGGUGUCAUACACAAUGCCAAUCUCAUCGGUAUCUACGCCGGGCUUCUUAACGUGCCAAACGCGUAUGGCGUGCCAGAACAAGAAAAGACACUGGAGUAUCUACUGAUGAUCAUGGAUGAUGUUAUCGAACGGCAACUUCAAGGCAAAGCAAUCAUUAACUUUUCCUUCUCAUUCGAACCUAGCGAUCAGAAAGAUCUCGUGCAGGAUCAACUCAUUAGAAAGGCAAUAGUGGAGCUCCUCGACCGUCCGGAUAAACUUCAAGUGGUCCUGGUGACUGCUUCCGGCAACGAAGGAGAACCGGAUAACCUGUAUAUUGCCCAUUUACCUGCUGUUCUCGCCGAAAAGGAAACACACGAUGUGAUAGUGGUAGGCUCCACAACAAUUGAUGGGACUCGAUCUGAAUGGAGCCAGUUUGAGGACUGGAUCACCACACAUGCUCCGGGCGAAGGCCUCAUAACGGCAACGCAGACAUGGCUGGACCUUAACACUGCAAUGGAUGGAACGUCCAUCUCGAGCCCCAAAGUGGCUGGACUCGCUGCCUACUUCCGUGGACUACCGCUGCUUCCCAAAUGGGCAUGCCAACUUACCAACCCAAGGACAGUCAAAGCAUUGAUCCGCCACUUCCACAAACCCCUAUGGACUCUGGAAGAUAUUGAGGAUCGAGAGGACUGGGAGAUUGUCCCCGUUGCUUAG